GGUCACGUGACCGACGGCCAUGCCGGUUGCUAAGGCGGCGGUGUCGCUGAGGGGCGAUUUCCGUUGGGCUGUCGCAGCCCCUUCGGCACCUUACUUAAAUUUCUGUCUGCACCUUCCUCUCGAGAGUCUGUCUGGUCCCUAGAGAGGGAAGGACGCGGCACGGUGGGAGAUGCCGCAGUUAGCGAUGGCGGCGCCAGGCAGAGUGGGGCGGCCUCAACCUAACGGGGCGUGGCCUCGAGGGGGCGUGGCCUCGGCGGGGCAGCCUCUUCGGAGCCGCAAAGUUUGGCUGUGGCGGCAAAUGGGCUUGGGCGGCUCCUCGGCGGGUGGCGGUGGUGGCCCUAGCGGUUCCUCCUGGCCCUGUUAAUGAUCGGGCCAGGCCUGAGGAGGAUGGCACCCUAGAUAGGCCUGCCUCGCUGGGGUCGGGGCGGGAGGGGGCUGGGGUGGGGCCCGGCCAUGUCGGAGGUGACCCGGAGUCUGUUGCAGCGCUGGGGCGCCAGUUUUAGGAGAGGCGCCGACUUCGACUCUUGGGGCCAGCUUGUGGAGGCGAUAGACGAGUAUCAGAUAUUAGCAAGGCAUCUACAGAAGGAGGCCCAAGCUCAGCACAAUAAUUCUGAAUUCACAGAAGAACAAAAGAAAACCAUAGGCAAAAUUGCAGCAUGCUUGGAAUUGCGAAGUGCAGCUUUGCAGUCCACACAGUCCCAGGAAGAAUUUAAACUGGAGGACCUGAAGAAGCUAGAACCAAUCCUAAAGAAUAUUCUUACAUAUAAUAAAGAAUUCCCAUUUGAUGUUCAGCCUGUCCCUUUAAGACGAAUUUUAGCACCUGGUGAAGAAGAGAAUUUGGAAUUUGAAGAAGAUGAAGAAGAGGGUGGUGCUGGAGCAGGAUCUCCUGAUUCUUUUCCUGCUAGAGUUCCUGGUACUUUAUUACCAAGGUUGCCAUCAGAACCAGGAAUGACACUACUCACUAUCAAAAUUGAGAAAAUUGGUUUGAAAGACGCCGGGCAGUGUAUCGAUCCAUAUAUUACAGUGAGCGUAAAGGAUUUGAAUGGCAUAGAUUUAACUCCUGUACAAGAUACUCCUGUGGCUUCAAGAAAAGAAGAUACUUAUGUUCAUUUUAAUGUGGACAUUGAGCUCCAGAAGCAUGUUGAAAAAUUAACGAAAGGUGCGGCUAUCUUCUUUGAAUUCAAACACUACAAGCCUAAAAAGAGGUUUACCAGCACCAAGUGUUUUGCUUUCAUGGAGAUGGAUGAAAUUAAACCUGGGCCAAUUGUAAUAGAACUAUACAAGAAACCCACUGACUUUAAAAGAAAGAAAUUGCAAUUAUUGACCAAGAAACCACUUUAUCUUCAUCUAUACCAAACUUUGCACAAGGAGUGAUCCUGAUAUGAAUAACCUGGAACAUCUGUGAAUUUUACCGCUCAGAAACCAUCAUAGCUCUGUGUAGCACAUUACCCAUCAACAGGCAAAAAAUGAGCCCUACCCAUGCCAGUAGGCCAGCGAGCCUAUUACAGAGCUGUACCACAGAACUUAAAAAAGUUCAGCACAUCACUGGCCUAUCACGCCUUUGGAUACAGGUUUACUGUAGAUUUUGAGACAUUUUUACUGUUAAUUGUGCAGUUACUAGUGUUUUCUCAUCACUGUCACUCCUACUGUUUCCUGGAAGAAUACAACUGUGGUAGGUGUGCUUGAUCUUCAGACCAUAGAGCAAUAAGAAUGUGCUAGAGUUUACACCUGUGCUCACUUUUGCUCCAGUAUGCUUUUCUGGUUUGAGUUAAUGUCACACUCUUGAGAUAAGGUGGGUAGAAUAGUUCUGAACUGUUUUGGGAGGAACUGGACCAGUUAUGCUGCCUAGGAAGGUCUGUCUGGAAGUGUGUGGCUAGUCCUUAGAGGUGGGCUAACUCCCGGUGCCAUGGUUCCCCUUCUUAGCAACAGUGUGCCCUGGCCAGAUGAGGGACCCAUAUGGAGUGUUCCCCAGAAUGUAGCUGUGAUGACCAGAUUGUUUUUUGAAAGUGAGCAUAUGUGUAGUCAUGUGGAUUAGCUAUUCUUCUAUAUCACAUUUUUACUCUUUCUGAUAGAGUCUAGGGUUAACAUUGGAACCAUCUCAGAAUAAUUACAGAUUUUUAAAUGGGUUUACAAUGUCUUUUAAAUUGUAUAAUCUAAAAAUAAUUGAGUCAGGUGUUAAUAAGAUACUGCAGAAAUAUGGCUGCUUUUCUGACACCUAAUUGUGAAACCUUAAAACCUGCAUACCUCUUAGAGCACUGAGUAUGCAGAAUCUGGAAAGAUAGUCUAUUUUUUUUAAUAUAGGUAGAUAGGAUUGCCAUUUAUUUCCUAUUUAGAUAUACUGAAUCCAUAUGGAAAUAUGCAGGUCAUUAGCUUAUUUUAAAUUGACUAUUUACUUUUGACUUAACAAUGAGGCAUAAAUAGAACUUUCAUAAUGCAUAGGAGGUGGAUAGUUGUUACACAGAACAUUAAGAUUUAUGAGGGGCUUUCUGUGGGUUAGACAUAGAACCCACAUAUUUUAAUAUUCACUUUUAAAUGAACUGCAUGAGGGACUGCACUGUCAGUACUUGGCCUAUUUUUAAAUAAACCUUCAUUAUACACUCAGUGUAUUGCUUUUUAAAGUAGCCACAGUGACGCUGUCUUGCCCUCGCAUGGAGAUCCAGUCUACUUUCGGUUGUCUGCUAGGUCAUUGUUUACCAGAUGAGCAUCAAUAAGUGGAAAGAAUUUGCAACCAAAUUUGGUCUUCUUGAUUGGAUUAAUUCCAAAUGCUAAAAUAAUUCAGUCUACAAUAGUGCUAGGGGAUGAAGAAUUUGCCUUAAAUUAGCUCAUCGUUCAUGCAACUCAAGCUUUUGAGUUGCUCUGUAAGCUCUGCAAGGGGCAGGAACGUGUUCUUCCACACCAUGAAACAUCCUAGGGUGCUUGGCAGCCCUCUGCACCUGUGGAGUGCUCAGUACCUUUUGAUUUAUGUUGCUGGUCAGACCUAAAAAUAAUCCCUUAAUACCUACUAUUAAAAUGUAGCAAAACUUGA